UCUCUCUCUACAUAUAGCCACACACUCUUAGCAGGUCAGCUUAUUAGCGUGCCGGUUACAGUUUCCAGCGUGUAAAGUUGAAGGAUGAAGCACGAGUAUUGACCAAUAAGACGGACUGGAUGGACACCGGUCAGAAUAGGUGCCCGUCCCGCUCAGACAGAAACGACCAGAUAGCCACAGAAGUCCACCAGGCCGUGGUCACUCACUGUGGGAGGUUGCUCUGUGGGGCAUGGAGGGGACUGACCGCUAAAAACAUCAGGAUGACGCCGCUUGGAGAUGGAGCUGCGCUCAGUAACUACAUCUAUCUUUGUGAAAUACCAGAAGAUGUACCGCUAGAAGACGGUGAACCAAGACAAGUCGUGGUUAGGUUUUACGGAGAAGUCAUAAAGGCGGACACUGAGGGCGUCAUUCAGAACACGGUCAUAUUCUCAAUACUAUCAGGACUGAAGCUUGGCCCUCAGCUGUAUGGUCUAUUCGACGGAGGACGGAUUGAAGAAUAUCUACCAUCUAGAUGUUUAGCAAAAGACGAGAUGCGGCUCCCCUCUACAUUGACAAGAGUGGCGAAGUUGCUGGGAAAAUAUCACACUCUUACAAUGCCGAUUUGCAAGCAACCGACGUGGCUAUAUGAAACUAUGGAAAAGUGGUUGCCCGUGGUGCUGCAGAGGGCUGAGGCAGGCUCUGACGACACUGCCCACAACAGGUACUUGGCAGCAAUCAGAGACAUGGAUUUGAGGACGGAGUAUGAGGAAGUAAAGAAAAUAGCCAGCAGCGAACCCUCCCCGGUAGUGUUUUGCCACAAUGAUCUGAAUCGGGGCAAUAUCCUACUACUGAGUGGAAAUGACGAGAUGAAGUUUAUAGACUUUGACUACUGCAGCUAUAACCACAGAGGGUUCGAUAUAGCGACUUAUUUCAAUGAAUGGUGCAGCUACAGGGACCCGGAGGAGUUCCCGCAGUACCUGGAGGACUAUCCCGCCCCGGAGCAACAAAGAGAAUUCUUCACAGAAUAUCUCAGGUCGAGCGGCGUAGAUCAAAGUAAACUGUCCCAGGAGGUGGCAUCCAUGGCGAGGGAGGUGGACGUGUGGGGUCUUAUAGCACACUUCUUCUGGGGCCUGUGGGCCCUUAACACUGUCGGCCGGUGUACCAUAGAUUUCCCUUUUAUAGAGUUUGCCAUGUGCAGGUUACAAACUUACUUCAAAAGAAAAGAGGAACUUUUCGGUCAAGUGUGA